AUGGCGAAAAUUUUGGAUCAUGAAAAAGAGAGGGAGAAUGCUGCGGGCAAAAUCGCUCCAGACGAGCGCUCGAGGUCGCUGGCUGAGGAGCUGGCUGAGGGUACCACGCUCUAUGAGAAGAAGUGCAUUCUUAUCAACCGCGAGAUCGAUGCCAUGGGCAUGGGGAGAUACCAGUGGUCUCUCUGGGCACUCUGUGGUUUUGGCUACUUGAUCGACCUCAUGUGGGCUCAAGCAUUCGGGCUUGUCCUGUCACCUUUGCAGCAAGAGCUUGGUUUUGGUCCUGAUCAGACUGGCAACCUCUCAAUAGCCUUUUCCGCUGGUCUCACCGCUGGUGCUUUCACUUGGGGUAUCUUGGUUGACGUCAUUGGCCGUCAAUGGGCAUUCAAUCUCACUGUCCUCAUUGCCAGUGCCUUUGGUUUGUGCAUCGGCGCACCCAGCACCUACCCUGCCAUCCUUGUCCUCACGGCUUUCACUGGAUUCGGCGUCGGAGGCAACAUCCCCAUCGACACCACCAUCACCCUCGAGUUCACGCCUCAGAACAAGCGAUACCUUCUGCCUCUGCUCUCCAUCUUCCAGCCACUUGGAGUAGUCAUCUGCAGUGUCAUCGCAUACGGCUUCAUCCCAAACUUCUCCUGCAGCCCUAACUUCUCAGAGGAAAACCCACUACCCUCAUGUCAUGGAGUGGCGGCAGGAGUAGCGUGCUGCACCAAAGCGAGCAACAUGGGCUGGCGCUACCUCCUCUUUACCCUUGGCGGUAUCACCCUCUUCAUCUUCUUCCUCCGCUUCGUCGUCUUCCGAUUCCAAGAGUCCCCCAAAUUCCUCCUGUACCGCGGUAAAGACGCCAAAGCAAUUCAAGUCCUGCACAACGUCGCAAAAUACAACAAGCGAACCUGCACGCUAACGCUGGCAACCCUUGAAUCUCUCGAGCGCGAAUUCGACUCGACAACCAGCGGCGAGCCCAUGCUUGGUGGCGGCGCCAAGCUCCUCAAAACGACUUGGUCGCAGAAACUCAAGCUGGAGGCUGAUCGCUUCAAGAUCCUCUUCGCAAACAAGCAAAUGGCCAGACUCACCAUCCUCGUCUGGCUAACCUACAUCUGCGACGCCUGGGGCUUCACUGUAGCCGGAACCUACCUCCCGCAAAUUCUCGCCUUGAAAAACGGCGCCCUACACCUGUCCCUGCGCUACACAUACCGCUCAUACAUCUACAUCUACCUCCCCGGCGUCGUCGGCGUCCUCCUCGGCGCGCUCGCCUACCGCGCACCCUUCGUCGGCCGCAAAUGGACCAUGGUCAUCUCGUCCGCACUAAUGGGCAUCUCCAUCUUCAUCUUCAGCACAGUCAACGACGCGGCGUCCAACAUCGGGCUGAACGUCAUGGAGUACUUCUUCCAGAGCAUGUUCAACGCCGUGCUGUACGGAUGGACACCCGAGGCUUUCCCCGCCCCGAUUCGCGGCACAGCGUGUGGUGUGGCGAGUUUCUGGGGCAGGUUGUUCGGUAUUGUGAGCCCGCUUAUCGCCCAGCAUUUGUAUGCGGGGAGUGGCGAUGGGAAUCGGGAUAUCAACUCUGUGCUUUAUCUGGCGGGUGGGGUUACCCUCGGGUGCGUGAUUACGACGGCGUUGUUGCCCACGCGGUUGUUGGGGAAGCAGAGUUUGUAG